AUGUCUCUCGUGGGGAAUUUCACCGCCAACGCGGACCACACUGCCGAGAUGCGUGGUGCUGGUGCACCUGGCCUCCACCGACGGAGCAGCGAAGUCGAAGAAACAUAUCAUCCGUUUAGCAGACGCUCGCAUGACCUAGACCGUCGGACAACCAACGAGUCCUCCAAGCAUGACAUCGAAGCCAUUCAAGAAGCAAAGCUGGAGAGCUCGAGCGGCUCAGAGGACGAGGAAGGCCACGAGCAGAUAAGAGAGCUUGCUCGGCAGUUUACUCGCGACUCAAUAGGUUCCACGGCUGGUGCCAAUCCCUUUCAUGCAGAACCAGGCUCCAGUCUCGAUCCUGCUUCGGAAAACUUCAGACCGCGCGCAUGGACAAAGGCCAUGUUCCAGUUAGAGUCCUCGGACGAUCGCUUCCUCGCAAGGACCGCAGGUGUUGCCUUCCGUAAUCUGAGUGCGCAUGGUUUCGGAGCGGCAACAGAUUAUCAGAAGUCGGUAGGCAAUAUCUGGCUCGAAAGUGUCGGGAUUGCUCGCAGGCUGAUGGGCGUUGGGCAACGCCGAAUCGACAUCCUUCGCAACUUUGACGGCCUGAUCAAGCCUGGAGAGAUGCUUGUUGUCUUGGGUCCUCCUGGAUCCGGGUGCUCAACUUUCCUCAAAACCAUUGCAGGAGAAACCCAUGGUUUCAACGUGGAUGAAGGCUCAUACGUCAAUUACCAGGGUAUCAGUUACCAGGAGAUGCACAAACACUUCCGUGGCGAAGCAAUAUACACCGCCGAGCAGGAUGUCCACUUUCCUCAAUUGUCCGUGGGAGAUACUCUGUACUUUGCCGCUCGCGCAAGAGCGCCUCGACAUGUUCCUGGGGGCGUUUCGAGAAACAUGUACGCCGAGCACAUGCGAGAUGUUAUCAUGGCCAUGUUUGGCAUUCGUCACACCUUCAACACCAAGGUGGGCAACGACUUCGUCCGAGGAGUGAGUGGAGGUGAACGCAAGCGUGUCAGUAUCGCCGAGGCCUUCUUGAACAUGUCUCCGCUGCAGUGCUGGGACAACAGUACUCGUGGCUUGGACAGUGCCAAUGCCAUUGAAUUCUGCAAGAGCCUGCGAAUUUCAACCGACAUCCUGAACUCGGCGGCCGCGGUCGCCAUCUACCAGGCACCGCAAAGCGCGUAUGACAUCUUCGACAAGGCCAUCGUUCUCUACGAAGGACGUCAGAUUUACUUCGGCCACAAGGAUGAGGCAAAAGAUUACUUCGUUCGCCUGGGUUUCGUUUGUCCGGAUCGUCAAACCACGGCCGAUUUCUUGACUUCCAUGACAAGCCCUUCAGAAAGAAUCGUACGUGAGGGCUUCGAAAACAGAGUCCCUCGCACGCCAGACGAGUUUGCACAAGCCUGGAAGGAUAGCCCGGACCGAGCGCGCUUGCUUGAGGAGAUCGAAGCUUUCAAUCGAGAACACCCCAUUGGUGGACCCGACCUGGAGAGAUUCAAGGAAUCUCGAAAAUUGCAACAGGCCAAACGACAAAGAGUGUCUUCGCCAUAUACUCUGUCCUACGGCCAACAAGUUCGCCUUUGUCUAUGGCGUGGUUUUAAGCGACUUGCGGCCGAUCCCAGUCUCACUUUAACGCAGGUUUUUGGCAACACUUCGCUCGCUUUCAUCAUCGGCUCCAUCUUCUACAAUCUUGACCAUACCACCAAUUCGUUCUACUCCCGGGGCGCCCUAAUUUUUUUCGCCAUCCUGAUGAACGCGUUCGGCUCUGCUUUGGAAAUCUUGACCCUGUACGCCCAAAGGCCAAUAGUCGAGAAGCAUGCCCGAUAUGCCCUGUAUCAUCCCUCGGCCGAAGCGUUCGCCUCCAUGCUGACGGAUAUGCCUUAUAAGAUUUUCAACACUCUCACCUUCAACAUCACCUUGUACUUCUUGACGAACUUGAGAAGAGAAGCUGGAGCAUUCUUCUUCUUCCUGCUUAUUUCCUUUUUCCUCACCUUGGUCAUGAGUAUGCUGUUCCGGACUAUCGCCUCGGUCUCUCGGACACUAAGCCAGGCCCUCGCACCUGCGGCCAUUCUCAUCCUGGCUAUCGUUAUUUAUACCGGCUUCGCCAUCCCUGUCAACUACAUGCUGGGUUGGGCGCGAUGGAUUAACUACCUCGACCCGGUAGCAUACGGCUUUGAAGCUUUGAUGAUCAACGAGUUCCACGGUCAAAGGUACGACUGCGCCACAUAUGUUCCCAGUGGAUCCGGAUAUGGCGAAGGGAUAGCACAUCGCGUCUGUUCCGCCGUCGGAUCUGUACCUGGCCAGACCUUUGUGGAUGGCGAUGUCUACAUCAACAGUGCCUACAAAUACUACGCUUCGCACAAGUGGAGGAACUUCGGCAUUCUCUGGGCCUUUUUGUUCGGUCUUAUGUUCACCUACCUCGUGGCUGCCGAGUUCGUCUCUGCUAAGAAGUCAAAGGGUGAAGUACUCGUCUUCCGACGGGGACAACAACCAGCUGCACUCAAAAAGCUACCUGCAUCGGACGCAGAAGGCGGCAGCUCUGGCGCUUUUGUCACAGCAGACAAAGAUCACAGUGAACUGCAGCCCAUUUCCAGCGUCAUUCAAAAGCAAACCGCCAUCUUUCAAUGGAAGAACGUCUGUUACGAUAUCAAGGUCAAAGGUGGAGAACGAAGAUUGUUGGACCACGUCGACGGUUGGGUCAAGCCGGGUACACUGACAGCUCUCAUGGGUGUUUCUGGUGCGGGUAAAACUACGCUUCUCGACGUCCUUGCGACACGAGUGACCAUGGGUGUCAUUUCGGGUGAAAUGCUUGUCGAUGGUCUCCAGCGCGACGACUCAUUCCAGCGCAAGACAGGUUACGUCCAACAGCAGGAUCUCCAUCUCGAAACGUCGACUGUCCGUGAGGCCCUCAACUUUAGCGCCCUCCUCCGUCAGCCAGCCCAUGUUCCUCGUGCAGAAAAACUCCGCUACGUCAACGAAGUCAUCAAACUACUCGAGAUGACCGAAUACGCCGAUGCGGUUGUCGGUGUGCCCGGAGAGGGUCUCAACGUCGAACAACGAAAACGUCUCACCAUUGGUGUCGAACUAGCCGCGAAGCCUCAACUCUUGCUCUUCCUGGAUGAACCUACCUCUGGUCUGGACUCGCAAACGUCAUGGUCCAUUUUGGACUUGCUCGAGAAACUCAAGAACAACGGCCAGGCCAUCUUGUGCACGAUUCACCAGCCUUCAGCCAUGCUCUUCCAGCGCUUCGACCGCUUGCUCUUCCUCGCCAAGGGCGGCAGGACCGUCUACUUUGGCCAAGUCGGUGAAUCGUCCAAGAUCUUGACGAGCUACUUCGAACGCAACGGUGCGCAUGCCUGUCCUCCAGACGCAAACCCAGCGGAAUGGAUGCUCGAAGUCAUCGGCGCUGCUCCCGGUUCGCACACGGACAUCGAUUGGGUCGAAACGUGGCGCAACUCCCCGGAAAAGCGCGCGGUUCAUGAAGAGCUUGACACCAUGAAGGACGAACGAUGUAAACUGGCCCGGGCGACCUCGGAUCCCACAAACAAAGCAAGCUAUCGCGAAUUUGCCGCCCCGUUCUACCAACAGCUCUACGAGGUCCUGAAACGCGUCUUUGAACAGUACUGGCGUACACCAUCUUACAUUUACAGUAAACUGUCAUUGUGUAUUGCUUCGGGCAUGUUUAUCGGCUUCUCCUUCUUCAAAGCCCGCAACACGAUCCAAGGGCUCACGAACCAGAUGUUUGGCAUCUUCAUGCUGAUGACCAUCUUUGGCCAACUCGUCCAGCAAAUCAUGCCACUGUUCGUGACGCAGCGUGCGUUGUACGAGGUCCGCGAACGUCCCAGCAAAGCGUACUCCUGGCAAGCCUUCAUGAUGUCCAACAUCAUCGUCGAGUUGCCGUGGUCGGCGCUCUGUGCCCUGCUGAUUUUCGUGACUUGGUAUUACCCCAUCGGUCUCUACGAGAACGCCGAACCCACGAACGCCGUCCACGAACGAGGUGCCCUGAUGUUUUUGUUCAUCUUGGCCUUUUUGUUAUUUACUUGCACCUGUGCACACAUGGUGAUUGCAGGUAUCGAGACGGCCGAGACCGGUGGUAAUAUUGCGAACUUGAUGUUUUCACUGACUCUACUCUUUUGUGGCGUACUGGUCGGUCCCAAAGCACUGCCUGGAUUUUGGAUCUUUAUGUACCGAGUCUCACCAUUCACAUACCUCAUAGACGGCAUGCUCUCGACGGCCGUCGCGCACACUUUGGUCACCUGCGCCAACAACGAAUACGUCCACUUUUCGCCUCCCUCGGGCCAGACGUGCGGGGAGUACAUGCAACCCUACAUCGCCAGGUCCGGUGGAUAUCUGCAGGACCCAGGCGCGACGGCCAACUGCAGUUUCUGCUCCACCCGAGACACGGACGCUUUCCUGUCCACCGUCUCGGCACACCCUAACUUGAUGUGGCGCAACUUCGGCAUCAUGUGGGCGUACAUCGUGUUCAACAUCUUCGGCGCGGUGGCCCUGUACUGGCUCGUCCGCGUGCCUAAGAAGAAGAAGAACGGCAGGAAGGGUGAAGAAGUUUCGGAGCCCACGAUGAAGGAGUCGGCACCAGAACCGACGCAGCAGAACGAGAAAUAA